AUGGACCAGUCAAGAACCUAUUGUGUGACUGGGGAUGUACAUGUACCUGUGCAAACCAGCUGUUUUGGUGGUGACUGGGAACACCGGUAUCUAGUUCUAUAUCAGGACUCCAUCAUUCAGUGGUUCAAUGAUCGCUUUGAUGGCAAACCUUUAGGACAGACAAGGCUCAAGUCUGUUGCGAGCCAUGUUGGGUUUGGUACCAUGUGUUUGCGGGUUCCUGACAGACCAGAUCUUCCACAGGGGCGAACCCUUGACUCACUUAUGGCCUUACCUAGUGACAGACCAGUCAGAGGCAAAAGGAAAAACAAGAAUUUGCUUGUCAUAUGGAUCUUGUUUGCAGGGGAGUCAGAUGCAAAAGCUUGGGUGGAUGCAUUUCAAAAAGUGCUACCUCCCCCUCCCCAGCCAACUCAUCCACCUCCUCAGCCACAGAUGCCACAACAGCAACAGAACGGUCAUGCACCAGUGCCAUAUGGAUUUAAUCCAGCAGUGUAUCCUCCUAAUGGUGGAGCACCACCUAACCAGUAUGGCCAGCAACCUUAUGGUGCCCAGCCUCAGCAGUAUGCAGGACACCCGACGACGGUAGUGGUAAAUAACACUACACACACACAGACUAAUCAUAGCAGUGGUGAUGGAUUUGCUACCGGUUUACUGUUGGGAGGAGCUCUAGGCUAUGGAAUGGCCCGUCCCUAUGGUUGGGGAUAUGGCUGGGGAUGGGGAGGUUAUGGCUGGGGCUAUCAUGGAUGGGGCUCUGGUAGUUGGGGAAGCUUUGGAUCACAUGGCUGUGGUGGCUAUGGUGGGGGUGGUUGUGGUGGUGGGGGAUGUGGAGGUGGAUGUGGAGGAGGCUGUGGAGGAGGUGGAGGUGGAUGUGGAGGGGGUGGAGGUGGAUGUGGAGGGGGAGGAGGUGGAUGUGGAGGUGGGGAUGGUGGUGGAGGUGGGGAUGGUGGUGGGGGUGGAUGUGGAGGUGGUGGCGGGGAUGGAGGCGGUGGCUGUGGUGGUGGUGGCGGCUGCGGUGGCGGCUGUGGAGGGGGCUGUGGAGGGGGUUGUGGGGGAGAAUAG